AAGCUGCGCGCCCUGCCCCGCGCCGCGGCGGCGCCCAGCCCCGGUCGGCCCCCCGGCGCCGCCAUGGUGCAGCAGAGCGGCACGGCGGAGAACACGGAGGCGCUGCUGGCCGCCGAGACGUCCGAGUCCGGGGCCGGUCUGGAGCUGGGCAUCGCCUCGUCGCCGACGCCGGGCUCCACCGCCUCGACGGGCGGGAAGGCGGACGACCCGAGCUGGUGCAAGACGCCCAGCGGGCACAUCAAGCGGCCGAUGAACGCCUUCAUGGUGUGGUCGCAGAUCGAGCGGCGGAAGAUCAUGGAGCAGUCGCCCGACAUGCACAACGCCGAGAUCUCCAAGCGCCUGGGCAAGCGCUGGAAGCUGCUCAAGGACAGCGACAAGAUCCCCUUCAUCCGGGAGGCGGAGCGGCUGCGCCUCAAGCACAUGGCGGACUACCCCGACUACAAGUACCGGCCCAGGAAGAAGGUGAAGUCGGGCAACAGCGCGGCCAAGCCCGGCGACAAGGCGGACAAGGCCGGGGGGGGCGGCGGGACGGGCGGUGGCACCGGCGGCGGGGGCCCCGUCGGGCCGGCGGCCGCGGCCAAGCCCGCCCCGAAGAAGGGCGGCGGCGGCCCCAAGCCCCCCCCGUCGGGCGGCCGGCCCCACGGCAAGGCGGCGGCGGGUGCCUCCAAGGCCGCCCCCUUCCCCGGGGAGCCGCCGGCCGCGCUGCUGCCGCCCGAGCACCAGGCGCUGUGCCGGCCCCCCCGCGGGGCGGCGGGCGCGCCGCCGUCGGGCCCCGGCAGGGCGGCGGCGGCCGACAAGAAGCUGAAGCGGGUCUACAUCUUCGGCGGGGGGCAGGCGGCCAACGCCGCCGCCGCCUCCUCCUCCUCCUCCUCCUCGGGCUCCCCCGGCGGCGCCGUGCCCGGCAGCCCCACGCUGGGCGGCUCGGCGGAGCCCGGCGACCCGCUGAGCCUCUACGAGGAGGGGGGCGGCGGCGCGGGCCGGCCCGACGGCGACUGCGGCGCCCCCUGCCCCUCGCCUUCGGGGUCGGGAUCGGGCUCGCCCGCCGACCACCGCAGCUACACCAGCCUGCGGGCCUCGUCGCCGGCCCCCUCGACGGCGCGGUCCUCCUCCGCGUCCUCCCACUCGUCCUCCUCCUCGUCCUCGUCCUCCUCCUCCUCCGGCUCCUCUUCGUCGGACGACGAGUUCGAGGACGACCUCUUGGACCUCAACCCGAGCCCUGGCUUCGAGAGCAUGUCCCUGGGCAGCUUCGGCUCCUCCGUGCUCGACCGGGACCUGGAUUUUAACUUCGAGCCCGGCUCGGGCUCGCACUUCGAGUUCCCGGACUACUGCACGCCGGAGGUAAGUGAGAUGAUCUCGGGGGACUGGCUGGAGUCCAGCAUCUCCAACCUGGUCUUCACCUACUGAGCUCCGCGGCCGGCCCGAGCUGGAGGAGGCGCAGACGCGGUGCCGGGAGGACUUGCCCUUCCCGUCGGGGCUCUCGGGGGUCUUUUUUGGCUGGGCAGGGGCCGGGGACACUGCUGCUGCUGCUGGGCGCCCACCCCCUGCGAGGGACGAGCCCGGCCCUGCUUCUCCAGAGACUGGCGGCGGCGAAAAGCUACCUUUUUCCUUUCUUAUGUUUUGUCCCGAAAAGAGAGACGAGAGGGGGGGGACAGAGGGGGGACCGCAGACACCUCUGGGGCCUUUGUUAUUGCCCGCUUGGUGCAAAAGAAGAGGGGAGCGAUGCCUUGUGCUGGAUGUCUCGAGUAUUUCGCCCUUUCCUGCAAAGGGGCGACAGGAACUGCUUGAAAAAAGAAAAAACACACACAAAAGUCCACCCGAGCCCUUGCAAGGUUCACGUUUUGGGGGGUGAGAAAACCCGUCCCGGUUUCUUCUGCGGCGAGAGGAGGCGCCGAUGAUGGGAGGAGGAGAGGGGGAUGGAGCUGGACUGAGAGCCUGGCUAAGGAGGAGGAGAAGAGCCAGACUUAAACGUGGGAGCCGGCUUGGGAAGAUAAUAAUAAACUGAAACGGAUUUGCACGUACACGAUGAGGUGACAGCAGCGCUUUUCUCAGUCACCUUAUGCUAUAUGUAAAGAGAGGAAAAAAAAAGAAAAAAGGCCGAAAACUUCAAGAACACUGAAAACUUCUUCUGAAACAGAGACCGAGUCGGAACAGUUUCUGUAACGUUGUGGUACCGGGGACGUUGAGGGCGAUUGCUUUUUGCAAAAAAAAAAAGCGAAAAUACAAAAAAAAAAAAGGAAAAAAAAAAGUAGUUUUUUCUUCUUACUCAGAAUCGUGAUGGUGUUGGAUUAUUUCACUGGUGGGGUUUAAUAUAGCAUGUUAUCCUGUCUAUCUUUUUAAGAUUUCCGUAAGACUGUUGAACAGUUUGAAACAAAUAGUGUUAGGAUAAUAUAAAAGCAGAUAGAUGGCGCUAUGUUUGAUUCCUACAAAAAUAUCACCAGCUUUUUUUCAUUCUUAACUCUUUAAAGGAUUCAAACGCAACUCAAAUCUGUGCUGGACUUUUAAAAAAAGAAAUUCAGGACCAAAUUUUUUUCUCAGAGUAUGUAUGUGUUUGUUCCUUAGAGCUGUAAAUGAAAAGACUGUUUUUUCUCACCGAUGCUCCAUCCUCGUAUCGUUGUUUUUUUUCCUUGUAAAUGUAAUCGGAUGCCAUUUUAUAAGUGGACGUAUUUAUACUGGCCAAACAUUUUUGACUUGUAUUUCUUUGUCCUUUUUUGGUAGUUCUCGUUAUUACCCGCACCAUUUUUAUGUCUCCUUCACUGAAGGGCUAGAGUUUUAACUUUUAAUUUUUUAUAUUUAAAUGUAGACUUUUGACACUUUUAAAAAACAAAAAGAGAAGAGAGAUGAAAACGUUUGAUUAUUUUCUCAGUGUAUUUUUGUAAAAAAUAUAUAAAGGGGGUGUAAAUCGGUGUAAAUCGCUGUUUGGAUUUCCUGAUUUUAACAACAGGGCCGCUGGUUAGUAUCUCACACACGUGUGCGUGCACACACACUCUCUCACACACACACACACACACUUGCUCACUCACUCACACACAAAUCAGCCCCUAUUUUGUCCAUGUUUACACUCCAAUCUGCAGGCAUCUUAAAGUGACAGCAUCCCUCGCCGCCAGUGCCCGCGGUGCAGUCCUGUUCAUUUCUGGGGAGGGGGGUGCGGGGGUUCGCACAGCCCGAGCCGUGUACACUGUACGCUACCCUUCUGGGGGGGAGAAAGGAACUUCGCAUCCCGAAAUGAAGUAAAGCAACUGGUGCAUUUACGUAGAAGGGAUCCUGUACCUUUAACUUGUAAACCACAUCUUUUGCACUUUUUUUCGAAGCAAAAACGUGCCGUUUAAACCACUGGAUCUAUCUAAAUGCCGGUUUGAGUUCGCGACACUAUGUACUGCGUUUUUCAUUCUUGUAUUUGACUAUUUAAUCCUUUUCUACUUGUCGCUAAAUAUAAUUGUUUUAGUCUCUUAUGGCAUGAUGAUAGCAUAUGUAUUCAGGUUUAUAGCUGUUGUGUUUAAGAUGAAGAAAGUGAAAACAUCUUUGUACAUUUAAGUCUGUAUUAUAAUAAGCAAAAAAGAA